CUUCCUGCUGUAGCUCAGGCUGCUUCCUUGGGGCAGGCGUGGGGGUGGGGGAAUGGAAAACUUCCUGGCUCCAUCGGGCCUUCAGAAAAGAAGUUGUUCUCAAAGGUGAAGACAAAUUCAGGAGCCAGUAGAGACUGUGAGGAAACUGAAGCCCAGGGAGGUUAAGUGACUGACUACCCAAGGUCAUGCAGGACUGGCCAGACAGGACUAUUUCUCAGAGUCAAGAUGGGAAAAAAUCUGGUGACAGCACAGAUACGAGGAGAGACCCGUGCCCUGUGUCUGGGCGCACUCAUGGUGUUAUGUUCUGCCAUCACCUACUACAUCCUGGGGACAACUGUGCUGCCUUUAUACCAUAAGAGUGUAUGGACCAAAGUAUCCAAUUGUCACCUGAUUGAAGCAGACAUACGGGACCAUGAGAAACUGGAUGGCAAGAAGGUCCCCCAGUACCCAUGUCUGUGGGUCAAUGUGUCUGCCACUGGGAAGAGUGCCAUUCUGUACCACACAGAGGAGACAAAAGAAAAAAACCGCCAGUGUUCUUAUAUUCCUGAGAGCUUGGAGGACUAUCAAGAAGCCAGGAUAGAUGUGGAGACCAUCAGGGGCAGAUUCAAAGAGCACCAGACUUUUCCCUGCUACUCAGACCCGGAGGAGAUUGAGAGGAGUGUUCUACUCAGGAGAAUCUAUACUCCCCAGACCUUAUUCAAGUGGCUCUUUUGGCCCACUUUCAUGCUAACUGGGGGAAUAUUCAUUAUCAUGAUGGUGAAAAUCAAUCAGGCUCUCUCCAUGCUUGCAGCACAGAGAUAGGAACCAAUCAGCACUUCACAGCUGAGGCACAACUAAAAUCUACAGCCCCCACCACACACACAUUCUUUUUCAGAUCUAUUCAUAACUCUUUCCCUGUACUUAGUCUCUCCUGCAGUUCAAUGAAGCUGCCAUUACGAAAUUAAUAUUUACCAUGUCACACACUUGCUUGAAAGCCUACCAUAAUUGUCUAUCACCUAUUAGAUUAAGCUCAAACUCCACACAAAUUAUGCCCCAUUCUAGUUUAAUAACUUUCUUUACCUAACACUCACCUUAAGUGACAGCCUCUAGCCAGGUCUGUCUCUAGAGUGAGCGCUAAGUGAAGCUGAGUUUUACUUCCCACUUUACUCAUUUUUCUCUUCCCACAUAGAAUAUAACCUCUCCAUUCCUCUUGGACCAUGAAAAUCUUGGUUAUCCUUCAAAGCCUAAACCUUAAUUCCUUCAUGAAGACCUCAUUCAGCAGCUUCAGGACAUAGAAAUUACUCUGUUUUUUGUGAUGCAAAACUCAUAAAAACAACCAAAUAUAUGUUACCUUCCAUUGCUCUCUGAUAGAAGACAUUAUGCUGGCUCAUCUUCAGAUGAACCUUCUCUUCUAUGUAUCAUGGUGCUAGGUAUGGAUCUGGGAUUCAUAAAUAUUUGGUGACUUGAACUGAUACUAGUUCAUAUUAAUCUAGCCCUUGAACGUCUAUCAGCUGCUUGACUUAUACCCCUGUGAGACAAGUAGUAGAAAUUCUCUUUUUUCUUAUAGAUGAGGAAAAUGAGGCUCAGAAAGUUUCAGUAUUUUUUCCAGAUAGUAGAUGAUGGGGCUAGAACUUGAAAUCAAAACUUUUGAUUCCAAGUCAAGCAAUCUUUAAACUCUACCAUGAUGCCUUUACACACCCAUGAAUCUAAAGCAUAGAAAGGCAGGAACAAGUUGUAUACAUAGAUCUACAUCUACUGACAGUACUCUCCUUCCCCUCACACCCUGUUGAUGGAAUUGGGAGGUUCCCAGCUAGAAAAGCUCCUUAUCUCUUCCCUGCCACAAGUCGCAAUAGGAGGUGGCUGAUGAAUUCUAGGUGGCUCCAAGAGAAGCUCCCUUCCAUUUUCCACAUCCCUGGCUAUUUUCCUCUUGGCCUUUUCCAAGUAUUAUUCCUCUAUCACCACUCCUGCUGGAGGAAACCCUAAAUCCCUGCUCCAUUCCUAAGUUUAGGAGUAGAAAAAAUAUUUUGAAUUUCCCAAUUCUUCAUAGGUAGGAGUCACUCUUAUGCUUUCUUAUACAUUUUGAUACAUCUUAAGGACUUUAGGUUCUUGCUAGCUACCCUUCUGCUGAAUCCUUCCAUCUUGCAUUAUCUCUUCUGGUUAAAAUGUUAGCUCCUUAAGAGUAAAAAAGUCUUCUUUUCUAUUUGUAUUCCCCAGCAUUUAUCUGGGGACUCAGGACAUAUUACAUCAUUAAUAAAUUAUUUUUCACUCAUUCAUUCAUCGUCACAAGUCCUACCCAGUAGACUUCCCUUUAAGACCCUGCAGCUACAAAAGGUGUGUUUAGAUAGCUGAGUCCGUGUAUUUCCAUAUUCCCUUAGAGGAAGCAGAGGCAGGAAGGAAGACCCUUAGAAUCAUCCUGGGAUUCUCUUUCCUUUGAUUGUGAUGUAGCAACACCUUGGACUAUAAUACAUUGAAAUAUUUGCUUGGCAACUUGGCAAAUCAGAUUUUUAGAGCAUGUUUUAGUUCAAUAUAACCUUAGGAAAUAUAAGCUCUUUUAAUGUAAUGUUAGAUCCUUAAAGUCAAAGACUAUCGUUUUUGUCUUUGUAUUUCCAGGACCCAAAGCAGAUUCUGCCUAUUAAGUAGGGACUUAAUGAAUAAAUGAUUAUUGAUUGACUAAAUUAAAUUCAGUUUUUAACACA